AUGGCCUCUGCAGCAACAUCAUCAAAAGAAUAUGUUGAUUUGAAAGCGGAAAUUCGUGCACUGUUAAUUAGUGCCAAAGAUGGCUUAACUGAGGAUCAAUUAAUGAAUGAUUAUCGGUCAUUCAAUUCGAAUAAGUCAAUACCAUAUGCAAAAUUUGGAUUUCAUAAUUUAGUAGAAUUGUUAAAAUCAAUGGAAGAUGCGUGUCGAAUUCAAUAUAGAGGACAAAUGGCUGUGAUAGUUGGUAUUGCUAAUGAGCAAACACAUCAAAUUUUUAGCUUAGUCAAAGGACAGCGACGAAGUAAAAAACGAAGAGGUAGAGGUGGUGGAUAUGGAGGACGCGGUGGAGCUCAGCGCAGUUAUCAAAGUUAUGGAAUGAGAGAAACGAAUCGUGGUGGUGCUAAUCGUAGGGGUGGAAAUUAUAAUCGAGGAGGAGGUCGUGGAUCGGCCAACAGCAGUGGACGAUUUAUUCUGUCUGAUUAUUCAAACAAAAAUAAUUAUAAUAGUAACAAUUAUAGUGAUAAUAAAACUGCUCCACGUUUUCAAACCACUACCACGACAUCAAAACCUAGCAAUGAGUUUUCCUUUCAGAAAUCGAAUAAUCACUCAUCAACUCCAUUGACGACAUCAACAAAACAAAAUGUUAUCGUACCACCACGUUUUGCCAAACAGUAUGAAGAUAAUCAAAAAUCAACAUCACAUUCUCUGAUGCAACCGUUAAUGGGUGCACCAACAACGAGUUCAGUAAUACCUACAAAUUAUUUUGAUGAUCGGCGUGUUGAAAAUAAAUCAGAAUCAUUACGUAUAACAGUUCUUAAUAAUAAAAAUUCUACUGAAUUAUCACAACAAUCUAGUCCUGCUGGAACUGAUGUGAUUGACGAAGACUUAGAAGAGGAAUAUUUUGAUGAUGAUGAAGAAGAAACUGUUGCUAACAUUCGUUCACUACUAUCGGAACAUCCUUAUGGCAUUCGUCUCCGUAGUCUAAACGAUGUUUACAAAAAAAAAUUUGGCAAAGAUUUAUUCGAGGAAAUGAAACUAUCAAACAUAUUACAAAUACAAGAAUAUGUCGAUCAUUUUGCAACAUUAUCACGUGAAGAUGAACAAAAUGGUUCAUGUGAUUUAAUUCUAGCAUUAAAAAAUUCUGAACAACAAAUAAUACGUCAAAUCUCUUCGAACACUGCAACACAACAAUUAUCAGCCGAUAUUAGGGAGUUGACAUCAUCAGCAAAACGUGUCUCAAAACAUUUUCGAUAUCAACAAGUUCCACUAUCAAUUUGUAAAAAUCAAGUAUUUCAAGGUUUUGUACCUGAAGUUGAUACAAAAGACCAUAUAUUGUACAUACAACCUGUUGUAUACGAUGUUGACUUUGAGCGAUUAAUGAAACAGAUAAAUGCUUAUUAUUCAAAUCCAGCUUCAGAUUAUUUAAUUGUAAAUAAUCUUGAAACUGAUGUAGCAUAUGUGACAAUUUAUUCUGAAUUAUAUUGUCGUGUUCUGAUUCGUGAACUUGACCCUAAUAAAUGUGUUGUUUCGUAUGUUGAUUAUGGAUUUGAAGAGGAAAUAGGCAACCAACAAUUUAAAUAUUUAUUAGAUUGCUUCGCCGAUUUACCAGCAAUAGCUAUGCAAUGUCGCUUGUAUAAUAUUCGUUUAUCAGCCACAGAUAAGAGUUCACCAACAAUCCGACAACAAUUAAUUAAUUUAUGUGAAAAUGGACCAUUUUAUAUCAAACCAAAAUGCUAUCUUUAUGGAAAUCUUUGCGUUGAAAUCUAUGAUGCUGAUAAUACGUGUUUAAACGAUAUCAUUAUUCAACACAAUAUCGGCGUAAAACAAGUCGACGAGAAAAAUAAAUUUUGUGCCCUUCAUUGUCCGUUGCCAGAUUCAGAUAAUGAAGAGUCUAAUGAACCGUCUCCCCUGCCAAAAACAUCAGAUCAAACAAACAAUUUCAAAGAUUGUACAUUAGCUCAUUCAAUAAUACCAUCAAAACAAUGUGAUAAUCAGUCAACACCGCCGAUAGUAUAUUCGUUUAAAAAAAUAAAACUUGAUCAUUCUCGUUAUUUUUAUCUUAUACGUUAUCAAAAUAAUAAACCAUUUUUGCCAUGUUUCGAUUUGGCACGUUUGUUGCAUUUAAAUGAAAGUAAUAUUAUUGCCGAAACGUUAUUAUCACGUGUACGUUUAUUACGUAAUUAUCUUUCACAUGACAUAUUUGACUAUUUUAUAAAUAAUAUUCCAAAUCACAAAUGUGUUCAUUUACCUGAAGGAACUAUUUUUCUAUUUGAUAUUCAAUCAACAAUCAAAUAUAUUGAAAAAAUACAAAAUAAUCAAGAGUUUGAUGAAUUAAUAUCAGCAUUACGACAACAAUUUCAUAAUUCAGUGAAUGAUGAUUAUUGGUAUUCAAAUGAAGAUACUUAUCAUCAUAUAGAUACAGUUCGUCAAAAGUUAAAAACUUUGUAUGAAAAACAAAACGUAUUAGCAGAACGUCGAAAAAAACUAUUAGAAUUAAAUACUUCUGGUUAUGAUAUUCCAAAAUGUGCUGAUGCUUUAAAAAGGAUCGAAAUCGAUUUAGCUGAUACCAUGAAACAAAUUACAUUGUUAAGUGAAGAAAAUAAUUAUGGUAGACAAAGUGUAUCUUCCCAGAACCAAAUUAUCACAGCACCGCCUGGCUUUAAUCAGAAUAUGCCAAAAUCACUUAAUAGUGAUUAUUAUCAACCAUUAUCAUCCACUGAAAAAGUUGACAAAAUUCGUCGUAUGAUGCAACGAUGUCGAGCACUGAUUAAUACUGUUAUUGUUAUGGAAGAUUAUGUACAUAUUGAUGAAACAGUAGCAGCUGCCAUUGUACGACAGUUACCAUUUUUGAAUGUAGUUCCACAUGACGAUACCUACGAUGAACUGAUUAGACAGUAUACAGAAUUUAUGGAACAAGUUGCUCCACAAAUUGAACAGUUGAUAUCAAAUUUUCCAAUCAGUAUUAAAAUAUCUUGA